AUGCGUCUUGGAUCUUUGUCGCUCCUCACGGCCUUCGCCAUUGGAGGCCUGCAGCUUGUCGCAGCUGAGGAUGAUACUCACGUCGAACGCCCCCGCUACUACUUCCCUCGCGAGGUGAAGCGCGUUGUUCGCAACUACACCCAUCCCGACCCCGACCCCGAAACGGACACCAACCCACUCGGCUCGCUCCUCAGCAGCGCUGAGAACAUUCUGGGUGGAACUGCUACUUCUUCGGAGGCUGCUGCAUCCACAGCAGCUGCCUCAUCUUCGGACUCCGGAAAAGAAGUUGUUGUGGUUGUUUCCAUUGAUGCAGAUGGCCACCGUCACACUCUGACCACGACCACCCGUACCGCCCAACCGACUGACAAGGUUACCACGUCUACUACGUCCGAGAGCCCCGAUUUGAAAGCCUCUGCCGCCACGACGACUGAUGGCGCUUCCACCAACAAGGCUGACACCACCUCGGCUAGCACCGAUUCCUUGGCCAGCACCGACUCCUCGGCCACCAAGGCCACUACCGCCGCCUCUACUGCCUCCACCGACGGAAGCCUCUUAGGAAGUGUCGGUGACACUCUCGGCAGCGUUGUGAGCGGCGUUGGAAGUGCUUUGAGUAGCGUCGGUGUUGCGCCCGCGGCCACUUCUACUUCUUCUGAUGCCACCUCAACUGAUGCCACCUCAACUGACGCGACCUCAACUGACGCGACCUCAACUGACGCAGCCAUUAUUAUGGGCUCUAGCUCCGGGUCGACUCCGCUUGUGACUGCCUCAACCACCGCUUCUCCUGCGACAACUACUGAUGCUGGACUCUUGGGUGACCUUGGUAGUGUUUUGAAGACCGUUGGUAGCGGUGUUGACACUCUUUUGGGCGGUGGCUCGAACACCACUUCUACCAAAGACUCCACUGCUCUGGUGUCCAAGACGUCCUCUAUCGCUUCUGCUUCCGCUUCCGAGACUUCGACCGCUUCCUCAGGUAAUGUGCUCGGUAGUCUCAUCAGUGAUCUCGGCCUUGGUGGCUCCACCUCCGCUUCCCCCAAUGCUACUGCCUCGAACGGCUUGUCUGCCAUUCCCGUUAGUGUUCCUGCGUCAACCACCGCUUCGCCGACUGCUACUGCUUCCUCGGAUCCUCUUGCCUCCCUCGCAAGCAGUCUCGGACUCGGCGGACUUGUUAACAGUACCGAGACCAGCGGCACCGGCAUUGGCUUGAUCCCCACCCCCGUGGCUCCCGCUAGCAGCCCGGUCAAGUCGACUGCCAUCACUGGAACUCCCACUGCCAUCACUGGCACUCCUACUGCUGGUGCUGGAACCGGUUCUGGUACCAUCACUAACAGCGUGGGCACUAUUCCUACUCCUCACAACUCGGGGGGCUCUGGCUCUGGUAUCGCGUCUAGCACUGUCUCUGGCUCUGGAGCCGUCCCUACCCCUACUGGUAGCGCCCACGAGAGCGCCAAGGCCACUACUUCUGCUUCCACCCCUGUUGUUGUCAUCCCCGUUUCGACAACCAGCUCGACCGAGGCUACGGCGACCCAGACCGCCACGCAGCAGGCUUCAAGCAACACCAAUGACUGGAUGCCAUCCAGCAUUCUUGUUAUGCCCACCGUUACGCCCUCUGAGACUACCAGCACCGGUACCAACUCCCAGGAGACCGCUGCACCAACCGAGCUUCCUGGCUCGAUCACUCCGUCGACCAGUGUCAGCGAGGCUCCCUCUGACUCCAUGCUGCUCCAGCUUGGAUUCGACAGUCAUCUUCCCUGGUCGUUCGUCGCUACCACUCCUCUGUCUUCUUCUCAGAUCUUCGAGUACAUCCCUAUGGCCCUGAAGCACGCCAUGCCCAAUGCCGAUGAGACUAUGUUCGCCCUCGAGCCUUAUUACUCGUGGCAGACUACUGGUUACAACGCCACCCUGGCUAUCUUCUACUUCCCUCGUUCCAAGCUGGAGGCGCUGAAGACAAUGAAGCUUAACCCCAACUCUGCCCUCUACAAUUCUGACAGUGAGGCUGUUAAGACUAUCAUGGCCAUGAUUGAUCCCUCGAUUCCCCUUGAGUUCACCGGCAACUACCCUACCGACACCGGCAGCUCAAACACCGGCAGCACUGGCAGCACUGAAGGCAACACCGAUGGUGGCAACACCGACAACGGGAGCGACGGUUCCGCCUCCAGCUCCAGCACCAAGGCCAGCUCCGUUGGCAUCGGUGUGGGUGUUGUGGCUGGUGCCGCCGCCUACGGUGCCGGUAUGUUCUGGGUCGCCCGCCGUUACCGCAAGAGAAAGCAGCUUCACCAGCGCUCUCCCUCAACCGUCGACCAGAUGAGCCAAGGCUCCAACGCCGGCUCCGUCUUCGGCGCCGGUGGCCGUACCUCCAGCCAGCGCUCGCAGAUGAUCAGUGCCCCGGUGAUGGCCGAGAACUCUCUGGGCUGGAACUAG